UGUACCUCCCUCCUCUGUAAUGCUUUUUGUACGAAAAUAGAAAAAAAAGAAUGGGCCUUUAACGCUCAGCCGUACUCCCCCUCUCCCUAGAGCGUUACGAAAUUUGUAAAAUAAAUAGUUCAGCAUAUUGGACGCAGUGGCUCAAUUUACCCCAACAGCGGGAAAGGAAAAAAAAAAGAUUACUCCUAUUUACGGUAUGCAAUUUAUUAUCCAUUAUCUGUUAUAAUGAAAUUGAUCGACAAGCAUCCACCAUUGUCCAGUUAAGCAUGGCCCACGUACGCAAAAAGAUCUGCCUUUUUACAACAUUUCUAUUUCUGCAAUUUCAAUUGGUUUUGCCUUCGGUUUUAACAGAUGAAAGCCCCAAUGCAGUGGACAAUGAAUCGUACAUUGAUGCAACUAAUGAAGGUGGUGCGAAUGCAACUGAAAUGGAUGUGGACCUAAACGGAUCAACUAGUUCAAAUCGUACAGAAGUGGCCGUAAAUGAAUUGUCUGAUUUCGGGAUCCAGGGAAACAAUACUGAUUAUUUAAAUCCGUUGAAUGCAUCCACUCCUUGGAACAAUUCAUUGGAUAUUAUUGGAUAUGGCUUAGAGAUCCAGCCGCGUGGAAUUGUUAAAUUAAGAUCGGAAACAUCAGAUCCCGUUUUUUUACCUUCUUCACCUGCGAAUGCAUCAAUGACCCCAUUUGGAGCAAUACCAUCAGGAGGACAGAACUCGCCACUGUAUAACGAAUCGAAUGUGAUUUCGAAUAUGCUGCGCAAUUUUUCCAUGCCCAUUGUUCCAUAUUCAAAUGCAGUUCCAUACUCAAAAGCAGUUCCAUAUGCGAUUUUUUCGCCUUCUUCUCAAACUGAUAAUUCAUCUGUAACUGUGAGAAUAGUUCCACGAUCAAUGACAUAUGCAGCUAUAAAUAUACGGCCGACAACACCAUUCACAUUCUUACCAGCGGCCAAUUCGUCAGGACCACUUGAUGUAAUUACAAACUUCAGGCCAUACAGUUUGCCAUCGCCUAGUACCGGUAUUAUACCAAGAUCACCUCGUCUACCAACACCGCCGACGACCAUGAAACCCAUCCAAGGAACCACCAAGCGGAAGCCAAGUUUCCGGUCGGUUGGAAGUACCAGGCGACCACGUACCAGAUCAACUAAAGGAAUGUUCCGAUCGGUGACAAAAACCGCUACCAGAAUUAUCAGGAAGCGUGUUGCGGCAGAGGCAAGGACUAUAACGAGAACAUCGCAAAAACCAAAAACGCAGCUUAGGAAGGUGAUGAGGAAGCAGCUGAAAACGCGUACAACUAAAUCCAGGUUUAGAAAUGCUGGUUUACCUCCCUAUGUCAACGUAGGAAACAAUCCCAAUAUACCAGAUAUCGUUGAGUUGCAGCAAAUUCUUAACAUUUUGACUUCUUUGUAAAAUAUUUAGCUAGUUUGUUUGAUAAUGUUUUGUGGAAACUUUUUCUGGAAAUAAAACUUUGGUAGCAGUA